AUGACUCGGUACGGGGGCCUGGGCCGGACGCGCCCGAAAAAGCUCACCUCCAAAGCGUCCAUCCCCAUCGUCCGCGAGCACGAGAUAGAUGCCAUCGACGACGAGAUCCAGUCUACACUCCAACAAAUUGAGACCGGCGUCGAGAAGGCCGAGGAGUCGGAAAUCCACUUGCAGGCUGCGAUCACUGCUGCCGCGCAGGGCAAGGACAAUGACGCGCACAUUCCCACGCGUGAGACUAUCCUCAGCGACAUCCCGUAUGCCCAAUUAUACCCGCCGCUGUUUUCACAGCCGGCUACGUAUAUCCGCUUCUCCUCCACAGUGGAGGACUGCUGCGGAUGUCCGUAUAACAUGACAGAGGAGGACGAUGUCUUCCUGAAGAGCUUUAAUCAGAAACGCGACGCGUCUAAUCAAUGCUCUGAAGAUGACUUUGAGGCUACCAUGAAUUUCUUCGAGGAGACCGCACAGGCCAAGCAGCCCUUUGCGGCUGUUGAUAGCCCCCCAGUUCUGUCCUUUGCCGAUAUGGCCGAGGCCAUGGAUGCUGCCGUAGAAGAUUGCGUAAAGCGCUUUGCCAAAGACAUAUAUGAGCAUUGGCAGUCGCGUCGUAUGGUCACGGAGAACCGGUCCCUAGAACCAAGCUUGAAGUUUGAAACUGGUCAAGAUACCGAUGAUAGUGACCCAUUUGUUUGUUUCCGACGGCGUGAAGUCCGUCAGAUCCGCAAGACUCGCGGCCGAGAUGCGCAGAGCGCGGAGAAACUUCGGCGACUGCGCAAAGAGCUGGAAGAUGCUCGACAGCUGGUUGCCUUGGUGCGCCAACGCGAAGUGGCUCGAAAGGAGAUGCUUGCAAUGGAGCGCACAUUAUUCAUGCAACGCAAUGAGGUCAAAGAGAUGAAGCGUAAACUCAAUAUCAGGGACGACGACGAGGACCUCAUCAACCAGAAACCCAAGAAGAAGCAAAUCGAGGUUCCUUCCCGACAGCCCAAUGCGCCUCAACUCCGAAUGCCUCUCAAGCCCGGCUUGCAGAGCGCAGACGAUCUUCAGCUACUGGAAGAUGUCCAGGCAGAGAAGGAGAACGAAAUUCUGCGCGAUAUCAAGCAAAAUAUCGCCAAGCAUAUCAAGUGGAACGAGGGUUAUGUGGAUCAUACCCGAGCACCAUUAUCUCCAUCUCCAGAGCGGACAUUCGACACGGCGGCAUUCCGUCCGGCGUUUACCGCGCAAUUACCCACUCCUCCAUCAUCAGAGUCAUCUGGCGAUAUGAUGGAUACCUCAUUAGAUGUCACCAGUCCUCUGUUCUCUCGCGAUAAACUCGCUUCCCGUGCGCUAGAGCUGCACGAAGAAACGCACCGUAUGCCAUCAUUCAGACGAAGAGUCGGGCGAGGUGGUCGACUGAUGAUUGACCGUCGAAACGUUGCGGCACGCUGUAGAGUCGAGCUGGAUCCGAUAAAGGCUGAUCGAUUCAAGUUUGACCUUGAGGAUUCCGACGAAGAGCCCAUUUAUGAGACCGAUGCAUAUAGCAUUCAGAUCAUGCAACACCGAGCCAUUACGAUGGCCAAGGUCCGUGAACAGGCCGCAGUAGCUCAUGCGCAGGCGCAAGCUCAGGCAGCCCAGCAACGACGCAUGCAGGCCGAUCAAACGGGCAACCCCACGGGUGCCAAUCCGAACACCAACGGCGUGACCGCAGCGCCUGAGGCGUAA